CCGGGUUUAUUGAAUAGUUCGCUAUGAAAUGAAUAACGACGACGUAAUAUGGCACACUAUCAACCAUUCAUUCUGUUCUUUUGUUGUCAAAACUAAAACAGGAAGGUUUUGCAGAAAUGAUGACAAUGUGACAGGAUUGUGUAAUCGACAUUCUUGCCCAUUAGCCAACUCACAGUAUGCCACUAUAAAAGAAAGAGAUGGUAUCAUCUACCUGUAUGUCAAGGAACCUGAACGUAUACCUUAUCCUGGUAAACAGUGGGAGCGGAUUAAAUUGCGCCGGAAUAAAGAACAAGCUCUGAAACAAAUCAAAGAGCACUUAUUAUAUUGGGAUAAAUGGAUAAUAAGUCGUGUUAAGCAGAGAUUCUUUCGCACAAGAGAAUAUCUUAAAAAUAUGCGGCGUUUGGCCUUAUCAAGACAAAAGAAAUUAGAACCUAUUAAUCGUACGGUUGAAAAACGUGAAUUAAGGAGAGAAGCAAAAGCAUUACGUGUAGCACGCAUUGAACGUACUGUAGAACAAGAACUCUUAGAAAGAUUACGCGCAUCAACAUCUUCCAAGGAAAUAUAUAACAUAGAUCAAUCUGCCUUUGAAAAGGCUCUGGAAGCUGAAGAAAUAAAUGAAGAAGAAUCUGAUGAAGAAUACGAGGAAGAAGAAGAAGAAAUCGCUUACACUUCAGGAUCUGACGUUGAAGAUAUUGAAGAUAUCGGAGUGAUCGAUGAGGAAAAUGAAGAAGAGGAAGCUGAACAUAAUCUUGUUCUGACAAAUCCUAAAAAGAAGCGUAAAGUUACCAUUCACUAUGAAAAAGAUGAAUGAACAAUUAUCCCAUUUUUACUGUAUAUAUCUUGUAUAUUUAAGUGAAAUAGACUGUGAGUAGCUUUUUAACUAUACGAAAAUUGGAACCUUUUGAAUUCAUUUGUUCAACAAGCUUUUCGUUACUUUUUAUUAACCCAACUAGUUGUCACGGUGUGUUUGAAUAAUCACGGUAAUAAGUCACAGAUUUUUACGUCUCAGUAUAAAGAUAUUGGCCUAUAUUAUUAUAGUAGAAAAAACUACCAUUCAUACCUAACCUACUGUCUUUGACUCG